GGUAUUGUCCGGCAAGCGUUCGUGUGAGCGCGGAAGACGAAAGCUAGCUCGCGCGGUUCGCUCGUUGGUUUUACCGAUUUUUGUUGGAACUGCUUGAGCGACGCAUCAGUUUUCACACUCUGGCAGCAGCUUACAGUAAGGGGGAACAACUAAGGUAAAGCAGACAACCCUCCACAUGGUGCUGAACGCGCCAACUGCACGCAGCCAGCACUAGCCACGCACACAGCUCGAGUUAGAGGAACUUGGGGCCAGGCAACGCCCGCGGCUGCUACGACUGACAGCUCAUUUAUUAUCUGUGUUAUAGUAACAGUCUUUUGAUUGACAGUUGCGAUUGCAUGAGCCUCUGGAGUCACUAGCUCUAGUACAGUGUGUGUAGUAGUAAAUAUAAUUGUAUAGAAGAAGGCAGAAGCUUGAAACUUCGUCAAGAUUUCGUGGUCACUUUUAUUAGUGCGUCCUAAAGUUGAAUCCAUAAAGUAAGGAGAUUUUGUUGUGGGACUUUACGAGACAUUCAGCAGCCAAAAGAAGUAUCCUCCGAGUUCGUCAACAACUGGGGUACUGAGUGGUUGAUGGCGCAGAGGUACGAUGAAGGCAUCCCGCACUACGGCACCAUGGACGGUCCGACAUCGCUGUACGACCCGCACGCUCAUCGGCCGAUGCCCACCCUCACACACAGCCCACACAUGAACCACGGCCCCUCCAUGCACCAGUAUCACCCUAGCAACCAUGUCUCCGGAAUCAUGUCCAACCAUGUCAUGGGUUCCGUGCCCGACGUCCACAAAAGGGACAAAGACGCUAUUUAUGGUCAUCCCUUGUUCCCGCUGCUCGCACUCAUAUUCGAAAAGUGUGAACUAGCAACGUGCACUCCGCGGGAACCCGGAAUAGCGGGAGGCGAUGUUUGUUCUUCCGAGUCUUUCAACGAAGACAUUGCCGUUUUUGCUAAACAGAUUAGACAAGAAAAACCAUUUUAUGUUCCUAAUCCAGAAUUAGACAGUUUAAUGGUUCAAGCAAUACAAGUAUUGCGAUUUCAUCUUCUAGAACUCGAAAAGGUUCAUGAACUUUGUGAUAAUUUUUGUCAAAGAUACAUCAGUUGUCUUAAAGGGAAAAUGCCAAUCGAUUUAGUAAUAGAAGACAGAGAUACAAAACCCGGAGACUUGGGUGAUAACAAUAAUAACAGUAGUAGUAGUGGAGGUGGAGGGGGUGGUAACACCAACGGGAACAUCUGUGGAGGUGGAAGAGGAAGUGAUUCAACAGGGCACAAUAGCGAUCAUUCGACGCCCCCAGAUCAGCGACCUCCUUCCCAGACUCUAAAUUCUUACAGUGGCGUUCCGGAUGAUGUCAGGUCGCCAGCUGGAUCCACACCAGGGCCCUUCUCCCAUCAGCCCAGCUCUCAACAGAGCACAGACAACAACAGUGAAGCUGACCCCGGUGUACCUGAAGAAUCAAACUCGGGAAUGGCAUGGGACGCCAGUAUAGGUUCGGGAGAUGGUACUGGAGAGGAUGACGAUGAUGAAAGAGGAAAGAAGAGACAGAAAAAACGUGGAAUAUUUCCUAAAGUUGCUACUAACAUAAUGCGUGCAUGGCUUUUCCAGCAUCUGACGCAUCCAUACCCGUCAGAGGACCAAAAGAAGCAACUGGCACAAGACACAGGUUUAACCAUUCUUCAAGUCAACAACUGGUUCAUUAAUGCACGAAGACGCAUUGUUCAACCCAUGAUAGAUCAGUCAAAUAGAGCAGGUGGUACCAUUGGGGCCGCCAGUGCUGCUUAUAGCCCUGACGGAACAGGUAUGGGAUACAUGAUGGACGGAGGUCAACAAAUGCAUCUUCGACCGCCAGGUAUGCAGAACCUGCCAUGUUCCGAACCAUCAAUGGGAAUGGGUCACAUGGGAGGGAUGGGAGGCUACUCUCAGAUGUCCCAGCUCCGCUCUCCUGUUCAUUCCCAGGCCAUGCUACUUCCCGGUCAUCCCCAUGCCAUGAUGAUGGCACAUGCUCCCAUGGGUCAUCCGGGUCUUCCUCCACAGGGGUCUCCAUACGACGGCUCAGGGCAGCAUAUAAUGGACAUACAUGCCAGCUAAAGUCAAACUUUUCCAGAAUUCUCUUUGUAUAAUCUAACAGUGUGUGUGUUUAGCGCGUGUCUACUUUACACGUGUGACGUCAUCCUGUGACUAUAAUGGGAUGACAAUUUGACAAAAGCAAUAGAGUUUUUGGCAAAAGAUAAUUUAGCUCUGUCUGGUUGAGAACUGGUCUUUAAACAGCUAUAACCGAAAACAAUAUAAGUUUAAAGGAUGAUUCUCAUACCUACUGGACAAUCCAGACUCCAGGAAUAUUUGUGAUUGGAAUUGUUCUAUGUACAUUAUGUGUUUACCUCAAGUCAGUACUGAGUACCAGGGUAAAUGUUACUGUCACUUUGUGUAGAAAGACAAGAUACAAUACUAGUGCUGUACAAGCAUGGUUCUAUUAACAAAUUAGUGCUCUCACUCAAACAAUAGUUAUUUAAUUUUAACACCACAGGGUAUGUUCAUUAUUAACAACAAUAUGUGAGAAUGCACACUACACGUCAUAUCGUCUACAACCGUUCGGUAUUUACAUUACUUGAAUUCAUACUUUUGUUGUAAGAAUAAAUAAUCUCGCGGUGAUGAUUUCGUUCUAUAGUAGACACACACAUAAGAAGUUAAAAAAGAAAAGUUUAUAACUGUAUAUGCUAGAACUAUUCUACUAUCGUGUCGUCACUUUUAAUAUAUAUUGGGUACAUUCUGUGGAAGUAAGGGCUAAGGUGUAGUAAUGCUAUAUACAUAUGUAAAUGUAUAGUUUUUAGUUCCUUAUCGUUACAAACUACUAUGUUAAUCUUCGGAUAUUUCCCUGUAUGUCUCUCUCACUUUCUCUAUCUGAAUAACAAUAAAAAUCAUGGCGUUGUAACUAGGGUAAUAAGGUUUUCAUUGUCUGUGUCAGUUGCUCGGAUGAAUUUAGUUCAUUGUGUAAAUAAGCACAGUGUUUGUUCAGUGCCAUACUUUUGUGUAUUUUUUUCUGAAGGGGAAGAAAAGUUUUGAUUAGAACAAAAUUUUACACCCUUUACAGUUCUAUGUUUUGGAGGUUUCUUAACAGAUAUAAAUUACAAAUAAGUUAACAACAAAAUAAAGGUAAAAGUUGUGUAGUUCUGCCUCCAUGCAAGCUGUACGUUCCCAUUUACCAGUGAAAAAAUAAAUGUACAUCAGUGUUGUGAAUAGAAUGAUGCUUCAUUAUGCCCACAAGCUGAAAACGGAAAGUGUUUCAAAAAGUGAAAUUCUACAGGCUGGAGAAAUCAAUAUCAGGCCAUAUAAAGUACUAAAAAAACACAAAUCAUGAAAGAGUUAGUGAGCCGUAACCCCCGCAAUUAUGCCCUAUUUUAUUCCAAACCAUUACUCACAUUUGUCUGAAAUCCAGACCAACACCCUCCCCCCCUUUACUGGUAUUGCAGUGUAAGGCUGUGAAAUAAAUUAAAUGUAAUUCUUUAGUUUGCUUGUUAUAUCGAAAUCUAGAUCAAUAUUCUAUCCUUUGAAUAAUGCUUAAAGUAAUGUCGACAAACGAAUAAUUAAAUUUUGCUAUUUAAGUGUUGAAACUGAUUUCUAACGUAUAAAUUACGCACCAUCAAAAAAUGUGGUAGUAAAAUUUUUGAGCUUUCUGUUCUCAGGAAAUCUGUAAGGACAAAUUUUCCAUUUAUGGAAAUGAUUAGGUUUUCAAAAUCAAAAAUAAAUAUUAUCUAGCUUUUGAUUUCCUACUGUACUGUUUAUCCUUUAAUAUUAAUUGUUUUAGUAAAAAGAGUGGUGUUUGUUUUAAGGAUACCAGAUAUGAAAUGUGAAGUUGUCAGUUUUGAGGUGACUAGACUGACAAUAUAUAUCUUUGAAGAAAACUUUGUUGUCCAGUAAAAGGACAAUCAGGAAAAUAGGUGAAAGUAAGAUAAAGCUUGUAUAGAUUGUUGCUGUGGUAAUAAUUGUCUAUGAUUAUACUAUGUAAUUGUCGUUAAUAAAGUGAAUGAGAUCCGUA